GCAUUGCUGCGGUAGUGAGUAGUGACAUUGAGGUAUCGUGGUGUGCGUGAAUCCGGCGAAAAACAAGAGCAGACGCUGCAUGCGUAUAAUGCAUCCAUAGAUAAGUCUGGAGAGGGAAAGUAUUACUGAUAUUGAUUCGCUUUCUUUAAAACGACGUUUUGUCACUUUCAGACAUAGUGGUUGCCUGCACUGUGCAUAACGAAGAUGAUCGCACGGGGAUACGUAGGGCUCGUGGUGCUGGUGAAUUUUGUUUUGUCGAUGCCUGUCACACCAGGACACACGGAGCAGAAAGAUGUGGAGGUGAUGAAAUGCAUUGUUGAAGUAAUCGCAGAUGUUCUGACCAAGCCUCAUCCCAUCCCAGUUUCCCCAGACUGCCUUCAAACCCUAAGCACUGAUGACAGGCUUGUGACCCUCCUUCGCCAUCGCAACUUUCUCCAAGAGUUGCAAGAUAUCGCUGCAGAAGGGGUCAAUGAGAGAGUGCAGAAGCACCCAGGUGACUUACUUGAUCAUGUGACCAGCCUCCCUGAAGAUACAAAGAAAACUGCAGAUGAUCAGUCAAUGCUGGUUGCCAUGGAGAAACCAGAAGAGGCUGCAGAGAAAAGAGGAGUCAGUGAGGAGAGCUCGAUGGAGAGUGAAGAGUCAGAGCAGGAGUCUCAAAAAAGGAACAACAUCGCUGAGGAGGAAGAGAAUGAUGUUGGCAAUCACAUCUCCAUGAACCCAGAACAGAAGAGAGAGUCACAGGAGGAGGCCACAAUAAGAGAUGAGGAGAAACAGGAGGAAAUGAACCCCCCCAGCUUCGAAAAGAAGGAGGAAAAUGAACCUCACCAUAAAGAGGGGGCAACACUCACAGAUGGUCUUGAAGCAAACCCAGAGGUAAAACAAUCCAUCAUGGAGGACAUCGAGGAGCCCAGGGGAGCUGAGAAGGAGAGAACACAUUCAACAGAAGAACAGAAGGAUGAGGAGGAGGAGGAGGAAAAGAGAGAGGUUGGACCAAAGUACUGGAGUCGCCUAAGCAAACUGGCCCACAAGAGGGUGGAGACGGGCCAGAAGCUGGAGGAGCACAGGGAGGCAUCACAGCACUCAAAGGAGAGGAUGGAUCAGGAGGCCGAGCUGUGGAGAAGCCCAGAGGAGCAGGAGCUGCAGAUCAUGGCACAAACUGAACCAGAGGACAAGAGAGAUGAAGAGGGCAGUGCCAACAGAAAGACUGAGGAUGCUGACAUUGAGAGUUUGGCUGCCAUCGAGUCUGAACUCGAGAGCGUUGCUCAGAAACUUCAUGAACUGAGACAAGGCUGAGUCAACUCUCCACUCUUCUACAUUCUGCCCUUCAUCUCUCCUUCAGUAGAAAGGCAUGUUAACUUGAGAUGAGGUUUCACCUUCUCGCUCAGUCUACAGCAGUGCAAGCGCCACAGAUUCUCUGCUUCAACCCUUUCAUGUAAUAUAAACCCCCCUCUGGUGACUCCAUUAAGGUCCUGAGGCAGGUCCUAUCAUGUCCUCUCUUAGCUCCUGUGCUUUGCUUUCUUGUGCUUGCUUCCUAAUCAAAUCUGGGCAUUCAGUACAUAUAUUGUAAGAAAAUAAUUCACAGAAAACUACCAAGACUUCAAAUGUUAACUUCAAUGUACAUGUCUCAGAGAUAGUACCUAUUAUUAAGUCUUAUGGUCCACAGGCAAUAAUGUUUUUAUUAUUUAUGGCGAUGACAGAAAUGAAUUUCUUUUUGGGAAUUCAUUUAGGAAGAAAAUGCAAGAUGCAAGAGAAGAAUUGAGAAGAAAUGUUUUUCUAAGUAAAUGAUUCUAUGUGACUAUGCGACUAAGUGUUUGAAUCUGUAAAUUUGAAUUAACAUCACUAGACAUGAUGUCAAUAAUAAUAAAAAAUAGUAUGAUUCACAA